AUGGCGACUCGUGCAUUUUCAAGAUCAAAGUUCGCAAUUUUCUCCUCAAUACUCCUUCGUGGCCUAAAAAGAACAACCACCGAAGAGACCCCACUGCUUCGAAAAUUCAGAAUUCCAGAAUCAGAAAUCGAGUCGUGGAAACCCAUUUGUGGGUUUAGGCUAUACCACGAUGGGAGGCCGAGAGGACCGCUUUGGAGGGGCAAGAAGCUGAUUGGCAAAGAAGCGCUUUAUGUGAUAUCGGGUUUGAAGCGGUUCAAGGAUGACGAUGAGAAGCUUGGCAAGUUUAUAAAGAACCAUGUUUUGAGACUCUUGAAGAUGGAUUUGAUUGCUGUUCUCACUGAGCUUGAGCGUCAAGAAGAGGUCAAUUUGGCAAUUAAGGUGUUUAAUGUGAUUCGAAAGCAAGAUUGGUACAAUCCUGAUGUCUAUCUGUAUAAAGACUUAAUCAUUUCAUUAGCAAGAUCUAAGAAAAUGGAUGAUGUUAUGCUGCUGUGGGACAGCAUGAAAAAGGAGGAUUUAUUCCCUGAUUCUCAAACAUAUACAGAAGUUAUUAGGGGUUUUUUGAGCUCUGGUUCUCCUGCCGAUGCAAUGAACAUAUAUGAAGACAUGAAGAACUCUCCAGAUCCACCAGAGGAGCUACCAUUCCGUAUUUUGUUGAAGGGGCUUCUACCACACCCCCUUUUGAGAAACAGAGUCAAGCAAGACUUUGAGGAGCUCUUUCCUGAACAGCAUGUGUAUGAUCCUCCGGAAGAGAUAUUUGGGCUUCAAUUCAUUUCUCACUUUAUUGGAGGAGGUUGGAACGUAAAAUUGCUAUUCUUCUUUAGAGCAUCGAAGUUCGGAGCUCUUGAAACCCAAUGUCUAGGGAAGCUUAAGACGCCCUCGGGAUUUUUAGGUGGCGAAACACUGUUGCUUUACCGUGCAAAGACCAAAUUUAGCGAGGUAGACAAUGGAAUCGUGAAAGUUUAA